AUGGGUAGGCACCUCCUGCUGCCGCUGCUGGUUAUCCUGUCCUCACUGCUGGGCUUCCUGCAAGCUCUAAUAUGUUUCGAGUGUGAUCGAAUCAAUGCCAGUGGGAUUUGUGUGAGUGGGGAAAGCUUCUGCCAGACUCAAGGCAGCCAGCAGUGCUAUGUGAGGAAGGUCUAUGAAGACGACACAAUUUCACAUGGAUACCAGGGUUGUAGCAGCAUAUGUAUUGAUAUGUGGCUUUUUAGUCACCAUGUUGCUGUGGAUUUGAAAUGCUGUCAUGACUCUUCUUUCUGCAACAAGUUCUAA